AUGAAUUUUCUUAAUAAAACGCUGAAAACUGCCUCUUAAUCUGAACCAGAUUUAUAAUAAUAUUAAGACCUGAUAAAUGGUCAUGAGGAACUAUGCUAAAAUCAAAGCGUUAAUUUGCAUGACAAAAAGAAGUCAGGUAAAAAGACAAAGGUUUAAUAUCAAAUUUUCAAUCUUUCUUUAACCAAAGCAACUUUUGCAAGUAUUCAAACUAUGUAUCAAUUUACUAAAAAAACUAUAAAAUAAAUAAACUAAAAUGAAAAAGUAACUAUAAAGCAAAAUUUUUAGGAGUCAAUGAAGGAAUAUAAUCACUAAUUAUAUAAAAUCUCAAAAAAUCUACCAAGUAUUCUUAAUACAUAGCAUCUAUAAUUUCCAUCAAUUCGAAUAAGUAGCUGGUAUGAAAAAGUAAAACAAGCCUGCUUUAAUAAUAAAAAUGAAUAGAACUAGUAAUUAAUACUUCACAAUCCAGGUUAGAGAGAUGAAGACAAUGAUUUUAUAAUUAUCUGA